CGCGUUUAGGAGGGACCGCCACCACCGCUGCCGUCACCGCCGCCGCUACGGCCGCGCGAUUAGUUUGGUCGCGCCGACAGUGUGCGCCGUAUCCUCGACCGUACUACACGACGACGACGACGACGACGACACUGACGCCAUCGCCACUGUUUCGAGGGACCAUAAUAACCAUAUAUUGGUUACCGUCAUAUCAGCACGAGCACAUCGGAUACUAUAGUUGACAUACCUUCAAGUCGGCCGCAGUCCAUCUUCCCGACAAGUCACGCCACGGCGAUGACCCAUAGCUGAUCCAUUAUUUUGCCGAACGACCGACACGCGCAUUUCUCUCGUCCGACAACAAUGGAAUAAUUGAAAUAUAGUCGAAAAAAAGUCAACGUUUAAACACAGAGGUUCUCGCUGAAUGUCACUUAAGACAUUCGCUCAAGAUCACCGCGCUGCCCCGUAAAUCAAUCAACUAAGUUCAAAUGAAAUACAAGUUCAAUGUCCACGAAGCUGCUGACGAACCGAUGGACGGCGACGCGACGUACGCGACCCGGAGGAAGAGCCUUCGGGUGUCCUGGACGCUGUUGACGUCAUCGUUCGCGUUCAUCGUGCUACUGUGCGCGCUGUGUCUGUUCUUCUUCUUCCACCCGCGCACUUGCCGGCAGACCUAUGGCGGCCCGCGCUUCGGGUCCACCGAGACGAUAUUGGACGAGAUCCGUGGCUUUGACUACGAGCGGCUGGAGAACGACUACGGCGCCACGGAUGUCCGGUUGCCGGCGGGAGUGGUUCCGGAAUCGUACGACCUGCGGAUAAUACCAUUCCUGUGGGCCGGAAACUCGACAUUCGACGGCCAGGUAGACAUCGUCGUCAACGUGACGGCCCCCGUGGACGGAGUGACGCUGCACGCCGUCGACUUGAACAUGACGGAAUGUCUCGUCACCAGGUAUCCAAAAAUGGUACUAAAUGAACACGUGAUGGCUGAAAGUGUUUUCGUUCCUAUUCUAGAAACACAACAAGAUCUUUCCAAACAGUUUUUCAUUAUAAAAUUCAAAGACAUACAGCCAGCUGAUUACCAGUACAACAUCCACAUAAAAUACACUGGAAAACUUCAAGACAACAUGGAAGGGUUUUAUAAAAGUUCUUACAACGUAGGAAACACAACUAGGUGGAUAGCUGCAACACAAUUUCAACCAACUGACGCAAGAAAAGCAUUUCCUUGUUUUGACGAACCUGCUCUAAAAGCUAAAUUUACUGUGUCAAUUGCAAGACCCGGGGAUAUGAGUUCUAUAUCCAAUACCGGGCUUAAAUAUGUCGACAAUAAAUUGCCAACGCUACCAGAACCUUUAGCGUCUUACGAAUGGGACACAUUCGAACAAACGGUGCCCAUGUCUACUUAUCUAGUGGCGUUCAUUAUUUCCGAUUUUGAAUAUUUAUCCUCGGAGACUUUUAGAGUAUGGGCCAGAAGUGAUGUGUUAUCGCACACUCACUAUGCUCGAGACAUCGGCCCUAGCAUAUUAAAGUUUUAUGAAGAAUUUUUUUCCAUUCCUUAUCCUUUGAAAAAGACCGAUCUGGUAGCACUUCCAGAUUUUGCUGCUGGAGCCAUGGAGAAUUGGGGCUUGGUGACAUUCCGGGAAAUAGCCAUGUUGUACAAUGAAGGUGUUUCGCCGAAUGCUCAGAAAGAACGAGUAGCGACGGUGAUUGCUCAUGAACUGGCACAUCAAUGGUUUGGGAAUUUAGUGACUCCAGAUUGGUGGUCAGAUCUAUGGUUAAACGAAGGUUUUGCAACUUACAUUGAAUACGUAGGGGUAGACCAUGUAGAGCCCAAGUGGAAAAUGGAGGAACAGUUUAUUUCCUGUGGUAUACAGAGCGUAUUUUUAAUGGAUUCGUUGAAAUCUACGCAUCCGAUUUCCGCGCGUGUGUCGAGGCCGGAGGAAAUUAAUGAAUUGUUUGAUCGCAUUUCCUAUGAUAAAGGAGCAUCUGUAAUUCGAAUGAUGGACCAUUUUCUUACACGGCAGGUGUUCCGGAAAGGCUUAACCAAAUAUUUGAACGCAAAAGCAUAUAAUAGCGCCUACCAUAAUGAUUUGUGGGACGCUUUGACCGAACAGGCACAAACCGAUCGUGUAAUGGACAUUACGUUGACUGUAAAAGAUGUCAUGGAUACAUGGAUACUACAACCAGGAUUUCCAGUCGUAAAUGUCACACGAAAUUAUGACGUGGAUACAUUAAUCGUUUCACAGAGUCGUUUUCUUCUACACGACACUAAAAAUGCCAAAACUGAUCAACCAAAUAAUCUUUGGUGGAUACCACUUACGUUCACGACAUCAUCAAAAUUGGAUUUUUCGGUAACAAAACCAAGCUAUUGGCUGAAGCCCGAGGAAUUCAUGAUGAUAACUGAAACAGGGAUAUCUUCCAACGAUUGGGUGUUAUUCAACAUAAACGAAACUGGAUUUUAUAGAGUGAAUUAUGAUUCAAAAAAUUGGAACAUGUUAAUCGAAUACUUAACCGAUCCAGAGAUGUAUUCUAAUAUUGGAACGAUUAACCGAGCACAGUUGAUAGAUGACGCGAUGUCUUUAUCAAGGGCUGGAUAUUUGAGUUACCAAACCUCUCUCGAUUUAACUAAAUAUCUUUACCACGAGACUGAGUAUGUGCCGUGGAAAUCGGCGUAUAGGUCUUUUACCUAUCUACAUCAAAUGCUCAUUAAAACAUCCAUUUACGACAAAUUAAAAGCAUACGUGUUACACUUGAUAUCCCCAAUGUAUAAAAUAACCGGGUUCGCUGAUAAUCCGAGAGACGAUCAAUUGGUUAUUUACAAAAGAUCCAACUUGUUAUCCUGCGCGUGUGAGUUGGGACAUACUGAUUGUGUUCGAAAUGCAGUGGCUCAGUUUCAAAAUUGGAAAUCGAAUCCUCAACCGGAAAAGAAUAACCCGAUUUCGCCAAAUCUAAAAGCAAUUAUAUACUGUACUGCCAUCAGUUAUGGAAGUGAAGAAGAAUGGGAUUUUGCGUGGAAAAUGUAUAAAAUGACUUCGGUGGCUUCUGAAAAAGAUUUAUUGCUGGACGCUCUGGGCUGUAGCAGAGAAACGUGGAUUUUGGCCAGAUUUCUCAGUUAUGCCUUGCAAAACAAUUCUUCUAUUAGGAAUCAAGACAUUAGCAAAGUAUUUUACGCUUUGACCAAUAAAGUGGCCGGGCAAGAAGUGGCGUGGAAUUAUGUGCGUGACAACUGGCGCAAUCUCAAAACGACUUUUGCGGCGGGAUUUUCUACGAUGAGCGAGAUCAUUAAAUCGGCCACGUACCAUUUCAAUACUAAAAACGACCUGAUCCAACUGUGGCAGUUUUACAAAGACGAAUACGAUCAUUUGGGUUCGGCUAGAAGAAGCGUAUUGCAAUCGAUUGAAAACGCCGAAGCAAACGUGAAUUGGAUGGAAAGAAAUUUUAAAACGAUUAGCAAUUGGCUGCAAAACACCACGACUCUAUACUUAUCCCAAUUCACCAACGAAGUGGAUUAGACAUAUAGUAAUAAUUUAUGACGGGAUGUAAAUAUUAUAUUAUAUUAAGUAGAAUAGGUGUACUACCGAUUAAGCUAAAAUUAUUUUUCGACACUUUUGUGUCAUUUUCGCUAAAGAUUGUCUUGUAAAGACUGUUUUUAUUUUUUUUUAAACUACCUACUGCUAAAUAUUAUGACUUGGUGUUAUCUUUAUUAUCAUAUUUUUUUUUUUUUUUUAUGGCAAUGUAUGUUCAAUUUAAACAGUAUUUUUAUACAUUUAUUUUAAGUUAACAGUAUUUACGUUGUACCUAAAAAUAUUUAAUAAUACAAUUUUACUUUAUAAUAUCGUAUAAUAUAACUAAAUUUAAAAAUAUCAAACAUUACUUCCUGAUUGAUCAUAUAGGUACUACAUUUAUGACAUGUUAAACAAUUAAUGUUCAUCUAGCCUGUAUGUACCUACUCUAUGUACAAUAAUUUUGAGUGUUCUCAUAUUUUAAUGAAAAAUUGUUAAUUAUAUUUAAAUAUAACAAUUAUUAUUCAA